AUGGAAGAAGAGCAAACACACAUAAUGAAAGACUCCGAUGACAUGGAAUCCCAAGAAGAAGAAGAAGAAGAACGAGAGGAGGCACUCUCGCUCUGCGACCUUCCACUUAACCGCAAUUCCAGAACUCCAAGCUUGGACGACAUGUCGUUUAAGAAAAUUCUCCGACCGUCCUCGUUACCCGAUCACGCCGGCGAGAUUUUCAACGGCUUCAGCAGCAGCAGCAGCUCCGACAUGUGCCCCGCCGACGACAUCAUUUUCUGCGGCAAACUCGUUCCUUUCAAGGCCGAACAGCCGCUGAAAAACCUCAUCGCCGCUGAAGAGGAGAAAUCUCCCGCGCGCCGCCGGAGAUCGGAGUCUCUCUCCUCCGUGACGCGAUCGAACAGUGUGAGCACGUUCACCGGUUCUCGCCACCUCAUGAUGAGGAACAGCAAGAGCUUGGAUUAUAGCAGGUUGCGAGAGUCUGCGGCGCCGGAGGUUGAUCGGAAUUCUUCCAGCAGAAGCGUCGUGCCGCCGGAGGCAGCGGUGAAGAAGGCGACGAAGCCGCGCUGGUACUCUCUGAUGUUCGGGACGAUGAAGAUUCCGCCGGAGAUGGAGCUCAGCGACAUGAAGAACCGGCAGGUUCGCCGAAAUCCGUCCAGCACGAUGUUUCUCACGGCGGAUUCCGGCGGAAAGAUGGCCGUGAAUCGCAGCCACGGGAAGGUGUCGUGGAGAAUACUGAAGGCACUGAGUUGCAAGGAUCACAGCAGCGUCGCCGUAACGACGUCGUUUCCGUUACCGCAAGCGUCGUAG